GUGAACCUUUGUCAGCAUUUUUCACUUCCACUUGUCGCGAUGAAUCUCGGCUUUGUCAUCGCCCUUCUGGGGCUCGUGGCGUUCGGUUCGUGUAAACCGACCGGACAGAACUUCACUCUGCCGCUCUGCGACUCCCCGGAGGCUGAAGCCGCCGCUCAGGUGGCUCUGGAUUUCAUCAACGCCCAGCACACACACGGCUACAAGUACACCCUGAACCAGAUCGAGGACAUCAAGGUCAUUAAUAAGGCUGAUGGAACACAUACGUAUCUCUUGGAGCUGGAGUUCCUCGAGACCAAGUGCCAUGUCUACAACCCGAAACCCGUACCUCUGUGCAAUGUCAGACCCAAAGUUCAUACAGCAGUGGAAGCGGACUGUGAUGUAGCUCUCUCUGAAGCUGGAGGACAGUUUUCUGUUGUGGCUUUCAAGUGCAAGACGGAAUUAGAAUCAUUCACUCCUUGUGGAGGCUGCAUUUUUCUGCAGCCACUGAACCACACAGAAGGAAAUCAGCUGGUUAAAGACUCACUGGGAUACUUCAACAAAAACCACACCCUCAACACUGUUUUUACUCUUCUCGACAUUGGCCGGCUGUCUUCUCAGUUGGUGGGCGGUGGGCCCCUAAUCAGAGCUGAAUACGCCAUUAUUGAAACCAACUGCACUAAUGUGGACGAUGAUAACUGUGUUCCUCUUGACCAUACGGUUGCUCAUCAUGGGUUCUGUCAUGCUGAAGGCCAUGGACUUGAUCUGAAAGUUGACUGCGAAGUCUUCCCACCAUACAAUGCAACAGUUCCUGUGCUCCCAGCUGGGCCAGGAUCAUCCAUCAGCCAUGGCUUCAAAAACCACAAACUCACAGCCCUGCAUGACCCCAAUGCCACCGGCCUCUUAUCUGCAGAGUCUAAUUCAGCCGAGAAAGCGCCGAUCGUCAAGAGAACAGCGGUAGACCCUCAACCCAAUGGGUUAUUAGCUGCUGAACCGGUAGCUCUGCUUCCGAGGUGCCCAGGGAAAAUCCAUCACUUUUGAUUCCAUUCUUUAAAUGUGUCCUUGAUACAUUUAUGUGGUGGACAUCUGGUUUCCCAUGGGCACAAAAGUGUGUUGGGUUGGGCUUUGUGGAAAUAUUGAACCCAUGUGGUUAGCAAUGCUGUCCUGCAAACAAGAGCACCUGUUUCAAAUGACUGUACAUUUGAUCUGUACCAUUUUAGCAUAAUAAAAUGGCCUCAAACUUGA